AUGGAUUCUUCUACCCUAGUCUCAUCUACUGUGGCAUCUCUCCCAAGCUCUGUCGCAUCCCCCGAUGACACAGUUCCCGCUCCGCGCCACGGCAACCCGGUAGCAGCCUUCAUCAUCGGACUCGCUAUCAUCAUCUUAGCUUCCAUUCUGAAUGCUGCUGGUCUUAAUCUCACGAAAUUGGACCAUGUCCGUACGAGUGCGAUUCCGAAGUCAGCCCGACGGAGAGAUUGGUUACGUCCAUUAUGGCUGCUUGGUAUGAUCUUGUAUAUCCUGUCACAACUCAUUGGGAGUACACUGGCUCUUGAAUACAUGCGAGCCGAAUACGUUGCACCGCUUGGGUCAACGUCUCUCAUCUUCAAUUUCCUAUUCGCGAAGUUCCUCGUUAGCACUCCUGUUACGAAGCACGACAUUUAUGGUACAAUCGUCGUCAUCAUUGGUGUGAUCGGAAUCGUAGCCUUUGGUUCCAUCAAUAGCGGCCUCGGGACAGAGACCAACGCUGCGCAUCUGACGUACCUCUGGACGCGCAGCAACUGGCUUGGUUUCUUCUUCGUCAUGUCAUUCACCCUCGUUUCCGUGUACAUCUUCGUCGCGCAGCUCGACCAGGUCCUUCAGGCGCGCUCUGACCUCAGUGCUGAGCCGUUCGUUGGCAUGAGCGCGAGAAUGAAUCGCGUUCCCGCGGUAGGCUUCCUAGGGAAAAUUGGAGCAGUGUGGCGGAUAGCGAUCAUGUGGUUGAGAGAGAAGCUAGAGUUGUGGAUGGAGCCGCAUGACGACAAGAGGAUUGCAUGGACAUUAGGCAUCGGGUGGGCAUGUUGUGGUGGAGGGCUUGCUGGAGGUUGCUUGGUUUUCGCGAAGGCUUCCGUCAAACUGAUUUCUGGCAGCCUGUCCCACGAGAACACCGGCAAUCAGUUUGGACAUGCAUCGACUAUUUUCACGUUCCUACUGCUCGCUGUCACUGCAGUGCUACAGAUUAUUUGCCUGAAUCACGCCCUCAAAGUGUACGAUUCCACGCUGGUUGUACCAGUCUUCUAUGGUGUCUAUACUGCUACAGGUUUCCUUGACUCCCUGAUAUUCAAUGACGAGGUCGAUGCAUACCAAUCUUGGACGCUGUUCUUCAUCUUUGUCUCAAUGAUCAUCCUAAUAUCCGGUGUGGUGCUUUUAACAUUCACGAAGCCAGAUCAAACGGGCCCCGGAGCACAUAAUAGUCACCAUGUACCGCUGUCAUCGCGGCCAAGAAGGAACAAGGGCGACCAAGCAGAAGGCGGCGAGGAGGAGGGACUGCGAGAAGAAGACGGAGAGCAGAACGAGGUGAUAUGGCAGCUCGGGGACGCUAGUGAUGAGGAAGACGAAGGUGGUCGCCGCAGUCCGCUCGCCCGACGUGAGCGACCAGCAAGCGUAAGAGGGCGUGAGGAGCACCAGCCGAUGAUUAGAGACGAGCAUAGCGGAGAGGGCGAUGAGCGUCGCGAGUCAACAUCCUCGGAUGCGACGCUUGCGCGGCCAGAGAACUCCCCUGCAUUUGUGGACGAUGGGUUUGAGGAUUGGGAACGUAGCAAGACACGGUAA